AUGUCUACUGCAAUGCGCUGUCGUGCGCAAGAGCUGCUCCGUCGCAGUCGCCCAACCGAGAGCCUGCGCUCGUCGCCGCGACGAUUCGUACAGAUUGCGGCCACCCCAUCGUCAACCAAUCCUUCUGUAGCCUCUGCUGCUGCAGACGGCACUGCUCCCGGUACCUCCUUUGCGCCCUACAUUGCAACCUUCCAGCCUUCUGACAUGUUUACCUANGAUGCUCAAUUCGAGGUCUUGGGCAGCCCUUUCUCUCUUCUUUCCGCAUCCAUCUCGGCUUCGCAGAACCUGUAUACUCGCAAGGGCUCGCUAGUUGGCUUCCACGGCAAUGCCGAGAGUGUGAGCAUGCCCCAUCUCUCCUUGGUUACUCUUCGAUACUCAUACCCAGUCUUANNGACCGUAUCCUCGCUCUCCGUCCUCGAGCCCUUCCGCCGCGCCGCAUUCGGCAUUCCUUUCCUCUACCAAAAAGUCACUUCGACUGCUCCUUAUACCGCCCUGAUUUCGACCAAGUCUCCUCUUACCACAUUCUCUGUCAUUCACCUCGACGGUCGCCUUGACUGGAUGAUCGCCCAAAGGAAUGCUCUUCUGGCCUGGACCGGUCACACUCUUUCCAUCAAGCCUCAGAUCAACACCUCCAUGAGCCUCGCACACUGGGGAAGUUCUCGUGUUACUGGCCGUGGACUUCUCUGUUUGUCGGGCAAGGGUCAAAUCUACCAGCUCGCCCUUAAGUCUGGCGAGGAGUACAUUGUUCACCCCAGCAAUGUCAUUGCUUAUAGCAUUAUGCAACACGCUCCUCAGCCAUACCGUUUCAAGUCAUCCAACUUGCGCCUGCAAAUUCCCAACGCAUUCUCAUACCUUCCGGACACAAGGUUCUUCAAGGUCGUGCGCCAAUCAAACGUCUGGCGCUUCCUGGCCAGCACUUUGUUCACCAUUCGCACCUGGGCCCGUCGCUCAAUAUGGGGAGACAGAAUGUUCCUCCGCUUCCAGGGACCUGCCAACAUCCUCCUGCAAUCCAGAGGCGCCAAGUUGACUGACGCCUUCACUGCUCGUGAUGUCAACGAAGCUGGUGAUGCUCCUGCAGGUGUGCUCCAGGCUGGAAAACCUGCCACACCCACAGUGACCGACGCAACUCCUUCGACUCCUGUUGCUCCUACAAAGCUCAGCUACGCAACAGUGGAAAGUGACGGUAAGGUCACCAUCACCAAAUCAUAA